GGGGAGAGCGUGAGGCACUUUGGGGUCUGGGGCGGAGCGCGGGCGGAGAGAGAGGGACCCCGGAGACCCAGAGAGGCCUCCACCGCGGGGCCCACGUCCCCGGCAGCGGAGUGGAGGCGGUGACCCGCUCCGCCGGCCAGGUGAGAGGUUGCGGCCGCGGGCGUCACACCUGUUCGCCCCGCUGCCCGGAGCUGCGUUCUCCACUGGGGAGAGGACGGCCCUUAGGACUAGGUCUGUGGACAGGAUCCUUUCUUCAUCUGUAAAAUAGGCACUGUGGCAAGCGACGCUCAUUUCGCAGGCUUGGAGUCGGGGUCAAAUCGGAUAACGCGUGUGAAAGCGCUUUGUAGACGAAAACGCGGUUCAGACGAGAGGCGGCGGUUUAAUUUUAGGGCAGCAGGAGAUCACGGUGGUUCCUGUGUGCAGUGGCAACGCUGAGCAUCCCCUUGCAGCCUCGAGAAGGCUCAUACAUGCUAACAUGAGAACAAAUAAGUUUACAGAUAUGAUCCAGGCCUGUAUGUGAAUUACUUUGGUUAAUCAGAGCAAACAUUGAAUAAUGAGUGGUGCAGCUUUGGGACUCGAGAUUGUUUUUGUCUUUUUUCUGGCAUUAUUCCUACUUCAUCGAUAUGGAGACUUUAAGAAACAACAUAGACUUGUAAUUGUUGGAACACUGCUAGCUUGGUAUCUCUGCUUUCUAAUUGUCUUCAUACUGCCUCUGGAUGUUAGUACGACAAUAUACAACCGGUGCAAACAUGCUGCUGCAAACUCGAGCCCUACUGAGAGUAGCAACAUUACAGGAUUGUAUGCAGCUGCUACCCCGGUUCCAAGCCCACAUCCAUGUUUCAAGCCAUGGAGUUAUAUUCCUGAUGGAAUCAUGCCAAUUUUCUGGAGGGUAGUAUAUUGGACAUCACAAUUUUUAACAUGGAUUCUGUUACCUUUUAUGCAGUCAUAUGCAAGAUCGGGAGGGUUUUCUAUUACUGGAAAGAUCAAAACUGCACUGAUUGAGAAUGCAAUCUAUUAUGGCACCUACUUGCUGAUUUUUGGAGCGUUUUUAAUUUAUGUAGCUGUAAACCCACACUUGCACUUAGAAUGGAACCAGCUUCAGACAAUUGGGAUAGCUGCUGCAAAUACAUGGGGUCUUUUUCUUCUGGUGUUGUUGUUGGGGUAUGGCUUGGUAGAAAUCCCUCGGUCAUACUGGAAUGGAGCAAAAAGAGGUUAUCUACUUAUGAAAACUUAUUUUAAGGCAGCCAAAUUGAUGACGGAGAAAGCAGAUGCGGAAGAGACUUUAGAAGAUGUCAUGGAGGAAGUUCGUAAAGUGAAUGAGAGCAUCAAGUAUAACCACCCACUGAGAAAAUGUGUUGAUACAAUACUUAAAAAGUGCCCUUUAGAGUAUCAGGAAAAAAUGGGUAGGAACAUGGAUGAUUAUGAAGAUUUUGAUGAAAAACAUAAUACCUAUCCAAGUGAAAAGAGUCUGGUAAAACUACAUAAACAGGUGAUUUAUUCAGUUCAGAGACACCGUCGAACUCAAGUACAAUGGCAGAUUCUUUUGGAACAAGCAUUUUAUCUAGAAGAUGUAGCAAAAAAUGAAACUAGUGCUACUUGUCAGUUUGUUCAUACCUUUCAAUCGCCGGAGCCAGAAAAUAGAUUUAUUCAAUAUUUUUAUAAUCCUACAGUUGAGUGGUACUGGGAAUGUCUUUUGCGACCGUGGUUUUAUAGGGUACUUGCUGUGGUGUUGUCCAUCUUCUCCGUGAUUGUUGUGUGGUCAGAGUGCACAUUCUUUAGCACUACACCUGUCUUAUCCCUUUUUGCAGUCUUCAUACAGCUGGCCGAAAAAACAUACAAUUAUAUUUAUAUCGAGAUUGCUUGCUUCCUCUCCAUCUUCUUCCUCAGUAUCUGUGUUUAUUCUACUGUGUUCAGGAUUCGUGUAUUUAACUAUUAUUACCUGGCUUCACAUCACCAGACUGAUGCUUACAGCCUUCUUUUCAGUGGCAUGUUAUUUUGCCGUUUGACUCCUCCUUUAUGUCUUAAUUUCUUGGGUUUGACCCAUAUGGAUUCAUCCAUCUCUCACCAGAAUACACAGCCAACUGCUUAUACAUCUAUUAUGGGUUCCAUGAAAGUUUUAUCCUUUAUUGCAGAUGGGUUCUAUAUAUAUUAUCCUAUGUUGGUGGUAAUUCUCUGCAUUGCUACUUAUUUUAGCUUGGGAACUCGUUGUUUGAAUCUACUUGGUUUCCAGCAGUUCAUGGGAGAUAAUGAUAUGACAUCAGACUUAGUUGAUGAAGGAAAAGAAUUAAUCAGACGAGAGAAGAGAAAAAGGCAACGGCAAGAAGAAGGUGAAAAUCGACGAAGAGAAUGGAAAGAACGUUAUGGACACAGUAGAGAAGAUUCCACUAGAAACAGAAAUGUUCAUAUUGACCCAAAAGAAUCAAACUUCUCAGAUAUUAGUACCAACCGAUCAGCAUCCAAAUAUACCAGGGCUAAUAAUAGGACUGAAAGGGACCGAAUAGAACUCCUCCAAGAUGCAGAACCUUUGGAUUUUAAUGCAGAAACAUUCACUGAUGAUCCUCUUGAAUCUGAAUCAGGAAGAUCAUUUCUUUAUCCACCUUUCAGGUAUCAGCCUGGUGGACGAUACCUCUCAAUGUCUCGCAGCAGAAUAUUUGAUGAUGUUUAAAAUCUCUAAGAAUAUAUGGAAUAACUAACCAAGAUCAACACAUAAGUUCAGUCUUUAUGAACAUCUGUAUGCCCUAGAAUUUACACUGAACUCUCAGUGAAAAGUGUCAGGAUAAAAAAGGCACUAAAAAUUAAUGGGAUCUUAGUAAUAAUAGUUUAUUGUUCAUUGAAUAGAGUAUCAUCUUUUCUAAUAAGGUUUGUUACAUACCAUUCCUGAAGUGUCUGCCUUAGAAGUACAGUUACAGUGGAAGGAUUUAAUUCAUGAUUAAGAUCAGUAUAUGUUGAAAACAUGUAGUUCAGUUUGUUUCAGAUUAAUUUUUUUCAGGAAAGUUGUUUCAAAGGUCCAAGGAAGCCAUAAGUUAUAACUGAAUAAUAUUAUACAGUUUUAUUAUUGUGAUUUACAUAUUUGCUGUUUCUAAAGAGUAUGUUGAUCCUUUAUUUCCCAGAGAGAUGGACACCUCAAUAACAACCAUAUUUACAAAACCCAUGUCUUAAAACACAGCUUACUUACCAGACAUAACUGAAUGUAGAAAGCUCUUUUUCACUGCUGUAUGCAAAUUAGUUAGGUUUUUGCAUGUAUAAUUAAGAUUAUCCUUCAACUGAUAGUGUUUGUAUCUUCAGCAUGUGUACUAUAAUCAGGUGAUGUAUUCUUUCAGUCUUUGGUGGUAACUGGAAAUUGUCUUAUGCCUUUGGUAUUGCUUUGUAAAACAUUUUCAUUUCAGAGAGAGGUGUUCACCUUUGUCAUCUAGCAUAUUGAUUUGAGUUGAUUAUUCCAUUCAAGGAGAAUCGUAAUUAUUAAUGGUAAAUAGUGGGGUUUUUUAAUAACCAAAGAGUCCCACAAAAUUCUCUGCUUUUGAAAGGUGCCUGUUUAUUCCUUUUGAAAAACAAUAUCUGGUUAUUCAAAGGUAAAAAGUCAAUCCAUUUACUGUUAUUACUAACAGUUAAAUUAUAGUUUAUAGAAAACAGAAAACAAGUUUAGAAUGGAGAUGUGUAGUAACUUGUUGGUUAAACAUGUUAUUAUUUAAAAUUGAACUUUUUAAACUCUGUGUUUAAGCCAAAGUUAGGUAUUAUGUUUUAAAUCAUCAGUGUUUUAUUGCACAGUGACUAUAGUUGAGCACAACAUGUUUGCAGAGAGUUAUGUCCCUGAAAUAUUUGCAACUCUGAGAAUCCAUACCUUGGAUUCACCCAGUGGUGACUCUACUUGAGCUUGCCCAUGGCUGUCUUAGUUUAACACUAUUAUCCCACGUAACUUUUAGUAGUGGCCCAGUUUGAAGAUGAAUUAUAUAGUCAAAUUUGAUUAUAUGUUUCUUGAGGGUAGUUUUUCCCUGAAUCAUAAUUUUAAAUGUUUUAUUUUCCUCUUUUCUUAAUGUUAUCAUGUAAAUUUUUUUAAAGCCACAGUUUUAUGCAGUUACUGAGAGGAAUAGUGUAUCAUCCUAAUUAUCUGAUUUUCUCAAAUUUUUAUGAACUUUGAGAUUAGAUCCCUUUUAAAAUAAUUAUCAAUGGAUAGAUUUUACUCUCAACUGAAGAUUAUAUAGACUGCUUAUUUAAGAACACACACACACACAGCCUUUUAUUGUGAAGCAUGGUUAGAGAGCAGUAGGCCAGGAGCAGAGAUAAUUUAACACUGUUUGAAAUUCCAUGAUUGACCAUUGAAACCUUGGGCAAAUCAUGUAACCAUUCAGUGCCUCAAUUUCUUCAUUUUCAAAAUGAAGAGGACUCUUGCUCUUUACCUACUGAUCUACCUCACAAAGCUAUUGUGAGGGUAUUGAGUUGAUGUUUGUUUAUAUGGUGACGUUUAAAAAGACAAAUAAGUUGUUAGCUCUGCUGGUUUUGUUAUUUGAAGAUAGUGGAUGGGAAAAGGAUAACCCCAGGAAGGGGUCCAGUUUCUUAUUAUUACAGAGAUGCUUACAAAUUCCCAGAGCAAAAGCUCUUUUGGGAAUAAUUAAUCAAAUCCUGUGCAAGUAAUAUUGUUUUAUUAUUCAGUCUUUAGGUUUACUUUGGAAUAUUUUCCUUAAGUAUAAUAUUGUUUCUCAUCAGGUUUUAUCAUGAAACUCAGAUGCUAUUGUAGAAAUAGAAGCAGAAAAAGAGAAGAAAUGAUCCAGUUACGUUUAUAACUUAUAAUACCCUAAGGUAUAUUGAUAGAAAUAUGUAAAGGAAUGUACUACUUUAUUUUAUUGUUAAAUUUUUUAUGAUUAUAAUAACUUUUGAGUUAUUUCCAAAAUAAUUUUUGGUUGUUUAAGUGAUCAAGAGUAUUCAACUUUUUAAGCAGAAUUUAUCUUACAGGAUUUCAUAUAUGAUCAUAUAAGAAGGUUACCUAGCUAAGUAAAUUUGUGUUUAGAAGGUAAUGCUUUAACCCCUGAAGACUAAGAGUUCAUUGCUGGGGAAGUGAGUUAAUGUUCAUUAAGCCACCUUGUAAAAAACUGUAAUAAGAACAAAAGUUUUCUGUUUUGAGAAGCAUAUUAAAAUAUAAUGAUAUCUACUGCAAAACGUUACUACUAAAUUCAUACACUUUACAUGCAAAGUACAUUUCUUGAAGAAUUACUUCUGGCAAUUACCUUUUGAGGUGUUGCUUACAUAAUAAUAGAUAUCUGGUUAAAUUUUCUAAAUUAUUUUUCUAAAUAAUGUUAGGUAAGGCUAUUCUAAGCCAGUAGUUCAAAAUAACCAUUGCAGAAAAUAACAAUUAAUAAUCUGUUAAUUUCAUGAAUCUGUAAGUUGCUCAUUAACUUUUGUAACUAUAUCAGUAAUUUCUUAUUAUCAAUAGAGCACUUUUAUAAAAAUCAUUAUUAAAAUAAGCCUAAUUAUUAGAAUUUGUUCUCUUACCAAAUGAACACAGGGGCUUUGGAAUAAUUUCAUCACACAAGAGGUCCUCAUUUCACAAGAGUGGUAAGAGCUAAAUCAGAACAUUCAAGGGUUUUUCAUUUAUAAAGAAUAGAUCAGAGAGUUUGACAAUCGAAACUUUCUUUAAAAAAAUGCUGCCAAUUGAUUUGUUUUUGGACACUACUAUUUGAUUAGAUUAUCAGUUCUUAAAUUUAUGCUGGUUGUGUGCCCAAAUGAAAUUAAAUGUGGAUAGGAAAGUCAGUGUGAGUGUUUUUUAAGUAUACUUUAGAAUAUCAAUGAAGGGAUUCAUUGAUGUACAAUAGCAAACCUCAUUUUUUUAUACCUUUAGUAGAUUUAGAGAAUGUUCUUGAUUUUUGUGUUGAUUACUAUUUUAAAGGAAAAAUAAGCUCUCUAUAAUUAUAAUUCACACUGUUCAGUAAUGUGAGAUUUAUACUUGUGAUUUGUGUGGGCAAUGCCUGAAAAAUCACAGGGAUAAAUAUAUUUGCACUAGAGGCAAAACAUGUCCCUGAAAAAUCUUAACAUACUUGAAUCUCCAAAAUACAAUGGAUUGUAUUGUAUUAAAUUCUAAAUGUUGAGAAGUAAAUGAAUUUAGAGUUUUAUCUUUCCUUUCUUUUCUUCCUUCUUCCCUUCAUUCCUUUUAUACCUUCCUUCCUCUCUGAAGCCUCUCUUUAUAGUAUGACUUCUAAUGUGCUGACAGAGUUUUUUUCCGUUUGUUCUUUGUGUACAGUUGUUUUUGAUGAUCAGUACACUCAGAAGGUUCUUACUACAGAUCCCACUACUUGAAUAGCAGUAUUGCACUUAAAGUAGUGAAAUAGAUUUUGCUAGACAACUAAGCAACAUCUGAAUGUAAAUGUGAUGGUUGCUAGCUCAGUGUGUUGUCUUUUUCUCCACUAAGUAGGACACUUCAGUAAAAUGAAUUAUUCUCAGUGUAAAUGUUUUAACAUAAAAUUAGACUUCCAAAACCAGUAAUUGUUAAAAACAAAACCACCAAACAAACCCAAAACAUUAAGAACCUUGAGGCUUCUGUUUAUGAAAAGGAGUUCGUAAAUAAUAUACAUCAUUGUCAAAGUUUUCAUUAAAGAGAGGUUGGAACAAUAUGAGAGGGUUACAGGAAGCCUUCUGAAUUGUGAAUUCCCUUUGUGUGGGGUACUUCUUUCCAACUCAGUGACUUUUUUCCUGCUCAGAGACCUGGAAGACUAGGCAGUGUUAUCCCCUGUACUAACUCCUGGAGACCAGGUCCUGUGAGCCAUCUCCACCAUCAGAGCAGCCACUAGCCCUGUCCCAUCGCCAGUCCCAUUGCAAUGGGAACAUAGCCUCACCCCUAAUUCCUUUCGUGUUCAGCCUGGUUUUCCUAACAUUUUAUUUUCACUUUCAAAAGAUUUGUCCAUUGAGGUUGAUCACAAUUUUAAAUUUGUUAAUAAAGCAAGAAUAUUGGCAUGUUCCUCUUCUCAUAGAUAUCCUAAAAGACUUUUGUUUUUAACACACUUCCUGGUGAGAAUUAACCUUUUUUCCUGUGAAAAUCUUUUCUUUUGUGAUUAUCCUGAUCUCACAUCAUUUUGCAAAAGGAGAUUUUUACUGUACUUAGUGCAAAAGAGUAGAAAGAAUGGUUUACUGUGGCAGACAUAUGGAGAAUAAAGUCAUAAUUUGUUCAUCUGACUGUACAACACCAUUUUGGAGUUGAUAUUAUUGACAUAAAUCUUAUCAACCUAAUCACUUAGAGCUGUAUUUCUCAAAAGAAUGCUGGCUAGCAUCUUCCCUACUUAGUACACCAAAUUGUAGGGGAGAGACUUUUUUUUUUUUUUAAAGCAAUCCAAUGGAUUUGUUUUUGUCCAUAUUUUGAACACAACUUGAAGGAUUUUUCUCGUUUAGAAGAUAGAGAACAUGUGGACCUGUCUUUUAAAUUACUGUAAUCUAAUAUAUAUGUUUAUAAAUUAUAGCGUUGAAAAAAGAGCUCUAAUAUUGAUGUUGUUACCUUCUGGUAUUUAAUUUUUAUAAAAUGUUUUUGUAAGUAACUAAGUGUAGCAUUGCUUUUAAGUAGUUUAAAAAUCUUUCUCAAAUAAGUUCUGCCCAGAACCUAAUUCCUUAGGGCAAUACUCUAAAGUUCAGUAGUCCAGUAUGAGUUUGAAAUACUCCUACAUCUCUUCAGUAUCUUUUUAUAUAUACCAGUACCCAAGCAAAGUAUACCAAAUGCCUAAUUUCUGUGUUGCAUUAAUAAAGUACUUGUUAUUUAUCUAAUUCAGUGGAUUAGGUGAAAUAGAAGAUAAGUCUUUCAAAUGUGCAUCUGAUCAUAAUUUUCAAAAUGUUCAUUAUGUUCAUUUCUGGUGCAUGAUGCCAAUUUAUCUUUAAUCAGCUACUACUACCUGGUAUGUAAUGGCACAUGUUGUCCUUUCUGACUAAUGGGUUGUAGAUGUAACUAUUUUUCUCUGCAGAUUCUCACUAAAUAUGUAUUUGAACAAACCUGCAAAGUGCUACCUAUAAGUAAGUUAGCAUCUUUGGCCUUAUCUAUGCAUAAUGUUCUCUUAGUUUGGUUUUGACAAACUCAUGGACUUGGAAUUGCUUUGUAGUAUUUUAACUUAUUGUGAUGUAAUGAAUUUUUUGAAAUGUUUAUUUGAUUAGCUGUUAAAAUAUCGGAUUAUGUAGCUUUGCAUGAAAUAAAGUACAUUUCUACAAGUUAACUAAGAA